UUCUUGGCAUUGACCAAGUGCCAACUUGCUUUCAAGCGGUUUUUUAGCCUAAAAUUAUCAUUUAAAUACAAACGCGUGAUAACUCUGGAACCUGGAAGAAUUACAAAAUGUCGAGGGUAAGAAGAUUAGGGAUUUCUGGAAUCCGAAACUUCGGCCCUGGUGAUGAUGAGAGAGGAUUACAAACAAUAACAUUCAGUCACCCGUUGACCACGAUUUUCGGACCAAAUGGAACCGGGAAAACAACCAUUAUCGAAGCCCUGAAAUAUGCGAGCACAGGGGACUUUCCUCCUGGCUGUGGUGCAAAAAAUCAGAAUUCAUUCGUACACGAUGCUUUGCUGACCGACGAGUGCUCCGUAAAAGGCGUGGUGAAAGCUGAGAUAGUCGAUACGAAAGGGAACAUAGUAACGGUAUCGCGAAGGCUAUUAUCUGUCCAAAAAAAGUUUAAGAAAGGCACUAACGUCCUGGACACUACUUUGUCUAGGAAGGACAUAAAAACGGGAGAGAAAGUAGCAAUAAGCCAUCGCUGCGCCGAUGUGGAUCUUGAAAUGGGUUUGGCUUUGGGAGUGUCGAAGCCGAUUUUAAAUUACGUGAUUUUUUGUCAUCAAGAAGAUUCGACAUGGCCAUUAGAAGAUGGGAAAAAACUGAAGGAAAGAUUCGAUCAGAUUUUUGACUCUGACAAAUACAACAAAGCAGUUGAGAGAAUUAGAAAGUAUAAUAAUAAGAUGAAGAACGAUCUUCGUGUCACCAAAGCUCAGAGAGAGUCGCUGGAAAUUUUGCUCGAAGAAUCUAACCAAAAGAAAAAGAGCUUGGAAAAGUAUGAAACUCGACUAGCAAAGUCUAUUGAAAAAGUUUCUGAAGUAGUUGAAAAAAUGAAGCCUCUUAAUGAGAAAAUGGAGGAACUCUGCAAUUCUGAAACACGUUACAUCAAGUUACACACGGAAAAAGAAACAAAAAAAACUGAAUAUGGCCUAAUAAAACAGCAAAUAUUGGAAUUGAAAGAUAGCAUACAAGUUCUUCAUGACGGGACAGUGGAAGAACUGCAAAAAGAAAUUGCUGCAUUUAAUAAUACACGUAUUGAAAUGGAAAGUGAGAUGGAAAUGCUCAAGAAUAAAUCGAGAGAUAUCAACAGAGAGGAAAGCAAGUUGAAAGUCACUAUCAGCGAGAAACAACUAUCGAUUGGAAAGCUGAAACAGCAGGCUCAAGCGCUGGAAAAAAAUGUUUUGCUCCGUAACCGUAAUCUUAAUAAAAUGCUGAUGGAAUGGGGUCUCAAUAAAGUUGGAGAAGAAAUAACUGAAUCAGAAGCUGCUGUUGGUUUGGACCAAUUAAAAGAUAAAUUGAGUGAGAUGGAACGGGAUAUCAAGGACACGGGGCUCAAGCAUCAGGCCAUUGAGAAAAAAUUGCAAGAGGAAUUGGAUGCCCUCAGAGAUCAGAAAUCUAAACUCGAAUCAGGAAUGGUCAUGUUGAAAAGGCAGAUAGCCGAAAAGCGAACGGACGCAAGGAAAAUUCGUGCGCAAAUAGAGGAAGUGAACAUGUUAGCCAGCCAGUUGGAGUUAGUUGACUCUAAGUUGCAAGAAGCAAAUACAAAACUUGAUACCAUUGCUGGAAGUUUUGAUGUUAAUGCGACGAAAAAAAACAUAGAAGAUGAAAUCAAAGAACGGGAUAAGAUGGAAUUGAGUUUGGAUAAAUUGAACGAGGAAGUAAAUUUACUCCAGCAACAAAGUUCACUACAUGCUGAACUAGAUCUGCUUAAAUCAUCUUUGGCAGGAAAAGAAAAGGACAUUCAGAAGUUGAAGAACAAGCAUCAGGAAAACUUGAAGAUGCUUUUGAAAACCGAAGUAUUACCGGAAUCAGAAUUGAAACAUGCUGUUAAUCGAAUUCACGAUAACUUUAAUGAGAAAAUCAAACAAUUAAACCACCAAGUGCAAAAAGAGCAACGUGAGCUUACUACUCUUGAAACUACAAAAAAGCACCACGAGCAUGAAUUGAAGGAAAAAAAUAGCGAGCUUGAGGAAAUUCAAGAUAAAAUAGCCUCCAUGUGCCAUGGUAUAGAGUAUGAAGAAGUUUUGCUGCAUGCAAAGAAAACCGUGCAAGAUUUGCAGGAUUCCAAAGGAAUGUAUGCCUACAAAAGUAUAGCGUACAAAGAUUAUAUAAAGAAAACAGAUUCCUGCUGUCCGCUCUGUCAUCGUAACUUUGAUAGUCAACAAGAAAUUGAAGAAUUCAAAUCUGAGUUGAAUGAGGAAGUGAACAAAUAUCCUAACCAGUUGAAAACUUGUGAAGAAAAGUUGAAAGUUCAGCAAGAACGGUACGAUUCUUUGCUGCAAUUGAAGCCGCUUGUGGACAAAGUUAAACAAAUGGAAGAAACCACGUUAAAGAAGUUGAGAAAUGACUUGAAUCGAGUGAAACAGAAAUUAUCAGACUCUCAUGCGCGAAUUGAGAAACUGCAAUCACAGAUUGCUGAACCUGAGAGUAAACUAGCGCAAUGCAAAGACAUUUUCUGCGAUGUGGCACAGUGGGAUCAGUUUUCUACAGAAGUCGUGAAAUUGAAUCAAUCUAUUGCUCGAGUCAAAGCUCGUCUCUCUGACAAAGUCGGCGAGAGAUCAAUGCAAGAAGCACAAGCUGAGCAAGAGUCGUUGAGAAAAUCUCUUAGCACUAUACGCAAAAGGAUCGAAAAGCUGCAGUCAUCGCUCAGCACUCACAACGAUAAAUUACAACAGGCAAGAGAAACUAGAAAUAAAUUGGUUGAAGAGCAAUUGAGAAUGACGUCUGAAGUACAGAAAUUGAAGCAGCUGCAGGAAAAAUUGAAAGACUUGUGCGCUGAAGAAGUAUCUUUGCAAGAAAACGUACAACAAUUGCAGGUGCAAUUGGGACCCGUUAAUCAGAAUCUUGAAGCCAAAAAUAAUUCACUCAAAAAAAUAAAGCGAGACCACCAAGAAUCGUUGGACAACGAGCGGAGUGUUGUAACUCAAAAAUCAAAAAGCCUGCAUGGUUUGGACACUAUCCAAUCACAAAUAGAUAAUAGCAUCCGCAGUGGAGUGACAGAUUCGUUGAGGAAAUCUGAAUCGGACAUGAAAAAGUAUCAACAAAUGGAUGAAGAAUUGCAAAAGAACAAAAUUGAAGUUACUACAAAAAUUAACGAAAUAAUUAACGAGAUCUCAAAACAAGAGACCCGCAAACGCGACAUGAAUGACAACAUGGUAUUGAAGGAAAAGGCCGCAGCAGCUACAGUGCUUCAGCGUGAAAUAACAGAGUUGCGUGAGAAGUUAGGUGGUAUGAAUUAUCGCCAGUUGUUAGAACAUAAGAAAAAACUAAGAGAGGAGGAAGAACUUCUAAUUCGAAAAAAAAACGUCGAGCAAGGAGGACAAGACGAAAUGGAGCGUAAUAUCGAACAGUUGAAAGGAGAAUUGAACAAAGAAACGUAUAGAUUGGCUCUUAAAAAAUACAUAAACAAGUACGCUGAAGUUGUUGUGCAAGAGGGAGCAAUAAAUGACCUCGUGGCAUAUACCACAGCCUUGGACAAGGCAAUAAUUGAGUUUCACGAAGAACGGAUGGCUUCGGUGAACCGGAUUAUACUAAGAUUGUGGACGCAAAUCUAUAAGGGUAAAGACACGACUGCUAUUCAGAUUCAUACAGAGUCAACCGCAGGAAUGGGUGACAAAAGAAGGGUUUACAAUUACAAAGUUGUUCAAGAGAAACAAAAGGUCACUAUGGACAUGAAGGGCCGCUGCAGUGCAGGACAAAAGGUACUCGCGUCAAUCAUUAUAAGAAUGGCCUUAGCUGAAACAUUUGCCAAAAAUUGUGGUGUAUUUGCAUUAGAUGAACCGACGACAAACCUUGAUGUGCAUAACAUAAAAAGUCUAGCUCAGGCGCUCGUUUCUAUUGUGAACCUUCGUUCUAAACAGCAAAAGAAUUUCCAGUUGAUCGUUAUUAGUCACGACGAAGACUUUAUAACCCAAUUAGGUAAAGUCGACAAAAUCGGAAAAGUCUACGAACUUUACCGAAAUGAUAAAGGGCUGACCGAGAUUAGAAGAUUUCUUAUUGAGAACAAUACCGUAUUUGAUGAUUAUUCUCAAAAUGGAGAAUCCUCGGGUGAAGAAGACGCUGCAGACGUGGAAAGGCGUUCGCGUAAACGAAAAGAACUGGCCGAAGAAAGAAAAAAUCUGCUGAAAGGUAAUUCGUCCGUUAGUCCUCCACGUAAGAGAAGAAAUGAGAGAAUGGAUGACGAUUAGUCGUGCAAGUAUGUAGUAUGUGGUUCGGUAACAAGGAGAGUACUACGCAGGGAAUUUUUGCCUUAUUCAAUAAUUGAUAUUUGAGAAUAAAUCUAAAGAGAAGACACAAAAUUAUAUUCACUAUUUAGACUCUUAUAAGAAAUUAUCUUUUCAUCAAGAGAGCUUGUAUUAGAAUUUUUUACGGACAUGUUUCACUAGUAGCUUGUUUUACAAAUAUGUUUCUUGUUUCCAAGUCAUUCCUAACUUGGACAUUCUCAUUGAGUAUUAUUAAUGUACGCUUAAAAUUGAAUUUAUACUUUAUCAUACUUACAUAAGUUGUUACAAGUAAGUUGUUUUCCUUUUUUUUUUUUAUAUAUAUACUUUUUAAUUGGGAUUUGUAUCAAUUACAAAUAUGUUAAUUACUGUAAAGAAUGAAAUAAAUUAGUAUAAU